CGGUCGCGCGAAAAGUAGAAUGAGAACAAUCAUGGCCGACGCUGUCCGUGUUCUCGAGUCGAGGUUUCGUUAAACGUAAAUAAACAGCCCUUCUGCUAUUUGGCUGUCCGCGCUAUUUGGCUCGUUGCGACCCGCUCGCCGUUCGCCAAGUGUGAGUGCAAUGUGCCCCGGCACUGGACCGCAGCCCAGGACACACCCGCGGAGUUUGAAGGACUAGUCGCACCUUGAGUAUUCAGAAUCAGAGUGCGCGCCAAGCUGCCGCCAUGGAGGAGCCGGAGCCCGACGACCUGGACGACGUCGUCCAGAGCCAGUGCGUGAGCGCCUCCAGCCGGCUCCUGCGCAACAAGGCGGAGAAGCAGCGCAGGGACCGCGUGGCCAAGCUGGUCAACGAGAUGGGCGAGAAGGUGCCCCUCGUCAAGCAGUGCGCCAAGCGGCCGGACAAGAUCACCAUCCUGCGGCUGAGUGCCAGCUUCUUGCGGCAGCACCACAUCUUCAAAACCCUGUUCGAGGCCUCCGGCAGCCUCACCCAGCCCAUGAGCCGCCUCCACAUCGGGCAGGAGUGCGAAGAACUCGUCCUGGAGCACUUGGGCGCCAUGUUCUUCGUGCUGGAUCAAUCGGGGAAGAUCGUGUACGUCCACAAAGGGGUGGAGAACUACCUCGGCCACCAAGAGGUGGACCUCCUGGGGCUGGACUUCAAGAAGCUGGUCCACGAGCAGGAUCACCAAAGCAUUCAGCUGUGCCUCAAGCCGGACGGGGAGCCGUUUAGAGCCUUGGAGUCGAUCGCGUCGUCGGAAGACUCCAGCUCCGACGACACGGGGACGUCCACCAGCACGUCCGCCGACUCGCCCGUCGGGGAGGCGCCGAGCUCGCCGUCGUCGGCGGUGGCCACCACGGGCGGCACGGCGGGCACGGCCAUGAGGACGUACCAGUCGCGCUCCUUCCGCGUGCACGUGCACCACAAGGCGACGGGCAGGGAGGAGCCGCAGUGGGAGAGGGUGCAGGGCACCGGCAAGCUCAUCCUCAUCGACGUGCCGGGCGCGGCCGGCGCCCGGGAGUCGUCGCACGGCCACCGGAGAAGAUCUCAAGAUUCGGAGAGGACGGUGCUGUUCGCCUUCGCCAUGCAGCUCGUCCGCAACCUGCCCUGCCCCACGACGGCCAUCCUGCCGCUUUGCAACGAUGAGUACAAGACGCGGCACACCAUGGACGGCUGCUUCAUCGAGUCCGACCACCGCAUCGCCUUCGUCUCGGGCUACAUGCAGAGUGAAGUGGUGGGGUCCAAUGCGUUUCAAUUCAUGCAUCCUAAAGACGGCCUAUGGGCGAAAGUGGCGCUGGAACAAAUGUUCAAAAAUAACAUACCUACUGGGUUCUCCGUGUACCGCCUCAGAGGGAGAAAUGGCGCCUGGAUUUUCCUACGGACGGAGGGCUUCCUGGAAAAGAACCCCGAUACCCAUGCAUACGAUUCGUUCGUGUGCAUCAACAAGAGGGUCACGCGCGCUGAAGCUAUCAGGGUACAGAAUGAUAUGAGAAGAAACCUCUCGGCGAUACAAGACGUAGAUCAGGAAGCUUUAGCGAAGUCUCCGAAGUUCAUUGAACUGCCGGACGACACACCUGCAGACACGUUCGCCGACGACCCGGAGAUGCCUCCCCGGCCUCCGGAGACUCCCCAGCGCGUCGGAGUCAUUAAAAGGACCUGCAAGCGCGCCCCCGCGGACGAGCCCGGCCCCGGCCUCGUGGUUGGCGGGGACCUGAAGCGCGUGCGCUUCGGUGCGCCGGACGCGGCCCUGGCCGGCCCCAGCCGCGCGGCCCUGCCCGCCCUGCCUGUGCCGCCGGAGCUGGGGCUGGUCCCGCUGCAGCCCCAGCGCGCGCAGCACCCGGCGCAGAGGGUGGCCCCCAUGCUGGCCCCCGUGCCGGUCCCGGUGCUCGUGCCCACGCCCGGCAUGGUGGUGCGCCAGUCGCCGGUGGGGGUGGGGCUCCCCUCCGCGGCGAACCCUCCCGGCGAACCCUUGGUCAGCGACCCCUUGGUCGGCGACCCUUUGGUCAGCGACCCCAACCUCCUGGGCGACUUCAGCAUGGGCAGCAUGGGGGACGCCUUGGGGCCCCUCUGCUCCGUCCUGGACCUCCCCGGUGACCUGGUAGGAGCUGACGGUGAACUCGCUGACGCCGGCUUCGCCGCCUCCAGUCCGUCGUCGUCGAGCCAGGCCAUCUACCAGGUCCACGACAUGGUUUACCAACUCCCAAAAGAGGGGUGGGGUCGGCCGGAGUCAAUACAGGGGCAAGCCGAGCCGACCCUGAACCUGGAGGACAACUUAGCCCUGUACCCGACGUUGGAGGCUCCUUUAUCGGACAGAUUCCCGGCGCAGGGGGUGAUAGGCAUGUCAGUGCAGCCACUGCAGCCACUGAACCCGUUGAACAGCCUGAAACGGACGCAACAGCACAUGGCCAACGUCCUGGAGAACCAGAACGAGGAGGUGCUAGCCCUGCAGCAAGACAUGUCCCAUUUACCCAACCGGGAACGCAGUAAUUUAAACAAUAAAUUAUCGCAGUUUGAGGAGGAGCGUUCCCGGCAUAAGAAGCAGUUAGAAGAUCUAUCACGGCAGACUGAGCUGUUUUCAUGAGAAUAAUCCCUUUCCGGGAGGACAUUUUGCUGGUGGGAAAUGAAUUCCACUAUGUUAAUGUUACGGCUUGAUGCCGGUGUUACGGCUUGAUGCCGGUGUCGGGCUGCUUGGCUGCAGUCGGAUGGUUGUCAGUCCGCUCGGGACAGCAGCUAGCCGGCGUGGAGGAGGGAUGGCGGGGCCGAAGGCACGCCGAAGGCACGCCGAAGGCACGCCGAAGGCCGAAGGCACGCCGAAGACGCCGAAGACCCGCCGAAGGAACGCCAGGGAAAAUUGGUUUUAGGUCUGGGAAUUUGGUUUUCCAAAUUUUGUGUCCACCCUGGAAGGGCUCUAGAACGCUGCGCCAAGAGAGUUAUAUUGUACAUAUAUAAAUAUAUGUAUAGUUUAUAUAUUUACAUAAGUGAGUGUAUGUAUAUAUGUAUGUAUGUGUAUAUAAUGAUUUUACAGACACGAACCUUUGUUGUAAUGUUAUUUGUUAAGAUUUUAGCAUUGUUUCUGGUUAUUGUUUAUUUUAUGAAAACAAAAAUGGAUUGCACCAUGUCACCAUAGCAUUGAUACUGGAAUGGAUGUUAGAGAACCCAGUGCUUUGGCUUAUGGAUUCAUUUGAUGCUGUUUUUUUGUAAGUUGUUUGUUUGCCAUAAUAAGAAAUUGUUAUUCUUUCUGUUUGCCAUCAUGCAUUGCUUGGUGAUUGUCAAUUACCUGCCUGUGGCGACUGUUUACGUCUUUUUCCUCGUAUUAACAACGUAAAUAAUCGCUACCUCAAGAUAAUUUCAGGAAAUAACACUACAAAAAUCUAUUUUCUUUUCUUCACUGUUCUACAUUAGGCAAACUGGUUGCAUUUUUGGCCCCUGUUGUUUUUUAUUUAUGUUUUGGGACCAAGCAUGUCAUCUUUUUCUCAUUUCAAUUGUAUGUGUAAAAUUGUGCGUUAUUUUUCCCCUUUUGAUUUAUUAUGAAGAGUUAAUUUUUGCUGAUUGUGGAUGAAUUUAAGUAACAUUCCACAGCCAAUGUGCUGUGGAAACUGUUCACCUCAGAGUGGCGCUCGAAACUGUAAACUUAAUUGCACGUCCACUUCAGUUCAACAACAAGGGAACAGAUUACCAAAGUAAACACAAGUAUCAAUAGGAAAGAGAAACUGAUGAAAAAAAGGGCUGAAAGAUUAAUUUUUAAACAUAUUUUUUAUGUUAAUAGUUUAAACUAGUCUUAAACUGAUAUCAAUUUGUCCAAAUAAUCAUCAGGAUCCAAUGAGGCCUGCUGUAUUAUCCCUUUCAGUUGGCAUGAGACUUUUAAACAGACAACUUACUAAACAUUUGGCAGACUGAAUCAAAAUGAAGACUGAAAAUCUGAAAACAUUAUUUCCCCUCUGAGGAUGUGUCUUUUUGGUCAAGCACUUAACCCUGUCUCUGAUUUCGGGAGCAUUGUUGCUGACAGUAAUGAGUGACUGAUAUGAAAUGGCAAAGUUGUUGAAAUUAAUUUCAUUUUAAUGGUACAAAUGGCGGUUUGCCACACUUGUUUGUAAAUAUUUAAUAACCUAGUAUGUUAUGUGAAAAAAUCUACUAUAUGUGUCUGUAUUCUCUCCCUUGACCAGAUUUUUUUUUUUUUGGAAAAUUACUAUAAAUUGCAUGGCACAACAUCUUAAAUGUGCAAGGCUAUAUGAUAACUGUCACACUAUUUGGUUUAUGUGCCAAGAUUGUGCAAGAAUCUUUUUACCAUUGAAAUUGUUUUUUUCAUUUAAUCCUUUUUAUAUUCCAUAUGUACUUUUAAUGUGUACCUUUUCUUUUAAGAGAGAAUUUCUCUCCACUUGUGAGCUGUAGUUAAAUUUUGUGCUGCACUUCAGUAUACAUGUUUGGUUUUCAUUAUUUUCCAUUGUCUUUAGAAAAUUUCCCUUUCAUUGAGAUGUUAAUGGUCAAGGAAAUAUCACAGAAUCCAAUUACCUAACUUGUAAUUGAUGUGUAUGAAUGAGCUCUGUUUGUAGUCUGUGAGUACAGAACCUGAAAUUGCUCAGCCUUUUACUUUUAAUUUCUUAUGAACUCUGUCUUUACCAAUUUUAUCAAUUGUAAUUUUAUCUUGUCCGUGUGUAUUGCUUUCUUUUCACAGAAAAUCUCUUGCCUAUUAGGGAGUAAUUGUUGCAAGUUUACAAUUCUAUCACAAAAUGAAGUUUAAAAGUAGUUUUAAUUAAAUAACGCUCAUUUUCUUCCAUAUUGCCAAACUGUUUCUAAAUUUUAUUUGAUCUUUCAUUGUUUUCUGGGCUUCAUCAGAUCUUCAGAAUUCCCAUAACAUCAUUCGGCAUGCUCUUUGGCCUGGCUUCUUGAGUCAAAAUUGACAUUACGAAACAAUUUGGACAGACACACAGUUCAAGCCUUCUUCAAACUAUUGUUGAGUAUCUUAUUUUAUUCUAAAAAGAAUAUAUUUGUUUAAGUGUUUUUCAUUCCGUUCUGUUUGUUAAAUUGUUCUUGUAAAUAUUUUCACUGCAAAUUUUUCUGUUCAUGAGAUUGCAAGUAGAAAAGAGUGUAUAGAAUCCAUCUAACAAACCAAAUGAACUAGUCCUAAAACAUAAUGAUUUGUAAGUAGUGUUUCUUGCUCUCCUGUAAUGUUUGCAAAGUUGUCUCCAGGCUGACAAAAUCUAUUUUAGAGUUAUAGAAGUGAUCAAUUUCUGGAGAUUUUUGGUUUGACUCGUUUUGGUCACACAAUAGCCACAUCUUACCCAGUUAUUGCAAGUCUUUGUAAGGUGCUGGAUUUUACACCUUAUUCGUACUUUUUUGAAAUGCUUUGUAAAUAUACUUGUUUCAUUUACACUCUGGCCAUCCUCUAGAGGGUAGCUGGAUAUCCACAAUAAUGAAAUGAAAUGCAAGUACUGAUAGUAGUGCACAGUCGGAAUAGAAGUUGAUCAUAUUAUAAAUUUGUAUCUGUCUCAAAUUUCGGAUUAAUAUGGGUUCCAAAAAAGAACCAGCCUUUUCAUGUGCUAAUAUUACGUAGUAUUAUUCUUUGUUUGUUUAACCUCUCAAAUCCAUCUAAACUUAAGACGGACCUUGCGCACUCAGUGGGGUAUAGUUUUUCUUUAUUGUGUUCCAUCAAGCUUUGUAACCAACAGAGACAAGCAAUGAGUAGUGCAAACAUUGAUCAAAGCAGGAACUUUUUGAUAUAUUGGACUCAAAAAAGAAAGAAAUUGUGAUACCGAUUCUGUACUCCAGAUAUUUGGAGAAAAAUGAAGUGUGAAGUGUCAUUUGAUGAUGCAGAUGCACCUCAGCAUGGUGCCAUAUCCCUUUUAAAAACCGCACAAGUACAUUUUACCCGCUGUAACUCUGCCGAUUUUAUCCUGUUCCUCACUAUAUCAAUUCAUGGUGAUUAUGUUAGUUCUUGAUUAGGUGGUUAAGUGGGAGAAGAAAAUCUAAUCUGUGCUGUUAAAGUUUGUCAUGGGUUGCUGAUCUGCCUGUGGAUUAUUUCAAAACGAUCAGAGUUUCUGAAAGAUUUGUAUUGUUGUAAAGUUUGGGUUCAAUCAUUGUGCAAAUGAGAAUGAAUAUGAGUAAGAGUGAAUAUAGUAUUGUACAUACAACUGCUAAGACUGAACAAAAAAUAAUUAAAAUGAAACAAAUUGAAUCAUUGUGUAUUGAAAACUAUAUGUCUCGUUUGUAAAUAAAGAUGAAUAUGUGUAAAGUC